GCUUCAUUAAAACUCUCCAGAGUAAAAGUCUCUGAUGAGGGAGAAUAUACAUGUUUAAUCCGAUCUGAAGACUGGUUUGAUGACAUGACUGUUGAAGUCAGUGUUGAAGUUGUGGGAACCCAGCCAGUGAUCUCUAUGGAGGACUACAGUAUUGGUAAAGGGGUCAGUCUGUUGUGUGAAACAAAAGACUGGUGGCCGGAACCUGAAGUUCUGUGGCUGGACAAUGAUGGAAACCCUCUCCCUGCUGAAGAUACAGAGACACUCAGAGACCCAGAAAGAUUCCAUGUUAAAAAACGUGUCACUGUACAGGACAGUAACACCAACAGGUUCUACUGCAGAGUAAUGCUGAGAGACCGUAUGAAGGAGACAGAGAUUGUUAUAUCACAGAGCAUUUUUCGUACCUGGAUAACUGCUGUUGUUUGCAUAUCAGUUGCAGUUUUGGUCACAGUCAUUGGAUUAAUUGGACUUUUUCUCUCUAUUCACAGAAUGAAAGGCUUUGACAAGGAAAAACAAAAUGAGUUUAACAGGAGACGAAGAAAACAUGCAAUGAAUGUGACUAUGGAUCCUGAUACAGCUCAUCCACUACUCAAGCUGUCUGCUGAUGGGAAACAAGUGACAUAUAAAAAUGUACCACAGGAGCUCUCUGAAAACGAAAAGAGGUUUGUUGAUAGUAAGAGUGUCCUGGGAAAGGAGGGGUUCUCCUCAGGGAGAUUUUACUAUGAGGUGCAAGUCAGUGGGAAAACUACCUGGUCAUUAGGAGUGGUUAGUGAGUCCAUUGACAGGGCUAAGCAUAUGGAACGGAAGCCCGAAAAUGGACUCUGGGUUUUCACUCUGUUGCAUGGGACUUUAUAUAUGGCUCGAGCUGAUCCCAAUGUCUCCUUCUCCGUGAAACAGAAACCCCAGAAGAACGAACUGGCCAAGAUGAACCCAGCUGACACUGACUCCUUCCAUCAAGCUCUCAUCAGCGAGGGUGCCUUAGUGGGCCAGAUCAUGACCGGAUCCUCCAGGAGGUCAUGGAGAAACUUCGAACAUUAUCAACUCAAGUUGCUCAGAUUGGUCAUCAGGUAG